AUGGCGAGUCGCCAAAUCAUGGCUUCCGGCGGAUUAAUUACACAAGUCAGAGGACGCAGACGAACUUUAACUCCUGCUCCUUGGCUGCCGCCAGUGAAUGACGAAAACACAAAUAAAAAUGUCCUGGAUUCUUCAACUAAGUAAUUAUUUUUAUCCUUGAAAAGCUUAAUUUUGAAUUUGGAGAUCAUUGUUGGAUGAAGUUAUCACUGCGGAUAUCGUGAACACCGUGAAGAAAGGUGUGGACGCGUCUUCUGAAGCUACCGCUUCAAUUUCGGAAAUUCCAUUCACGUCACGGAGAGUUGGUAUGAUACAUUCAGUUUUUUUUCCUCCUUAGUUCGGCGUUUCAGGUUUAAUUGUUCGAAAAAUAGGAAUGAUCCCGCAGUGGACUAGCGUUGGGAAUAGGAUACUUUGCACUAUGCUUCACGUGGAAGAGGUAACUAUUUUCUUAGGUUUUUUUUUCUCAGGAAAGCUCAUUCAGAAUAAUGUGGUCAGCGUUGUUUCUCCUGAUGACUGGUACCGUAACAGUUUGGUUGGAAAACGGAAAGCCUUCAACAGAUUGGGACCAAUGUGGAAGGUUUUUUUCUCCCAAAUAUUAACAUUUUGAAAAAUGAUUUAUUGAAAGGGUUAAGGUGACGGUGGGAGCAGUGAACGACGACGCCAACAAGUACUCUCACAUUUAUCGGCGUCAGUUUUUGAAAGCUGGGGUCCCUGUAAAACAACAACUCGGCUCAUUUUUGGUCAGUAAAAUCUUCGAUAAAAGUCAUUUGCACGGCAUACACGGCACAUAUGUAUACUCAUUUUUGAACUAUUUCAGGUUUCGGAAGACGCUCUCCCAGUCGUGGGUCAGUACCUAGACGCUCGUCAUUUCACCAUUGGACAGUUCAUUUCGGCGAGUGGAAGGACUGUCGACUGGGGCUUUCAAGGAGGAAUGCACCGAUGGGGCAUGCGUGGCCAACCUUCUCGCAGGUUUCUAGAUCUUCAAUUUGAAUUGAGUUUUUUUCGAAUUUUCCUUAUUUAUAUAAAAUUGACUAUUUUCAAUAGUAACUACGGGUUGUCAGGAAGCUUUCGCUCUUUCAUAUAAAAGAUUACAGGCUUUAUAUUACUUGAAAUAAUAUUUAUGACGGUUUUUCCGUUUCUCAAAUUUUUGCCUAGCCUCUCAACACCAUCAAGAACUAUUGAAAAAAAAAACAAAUCCAAAAACUAAUUAACGCAUAAAUUGGUUUUCAGGAGAAAAUGGUAAUACAGGGACGAAUUAGGUUUUUGGCUCGACAAAAAACUUCUUCAUGAGGUUUAGUAAACAAAACGAAACGUUCGAAAAUAAGAUAAAAUUCAUUUCGAGAGAAAUAAGUCUCAUUUAUUUUAAGAACGACGAAAUCACAUCGACGAAUCGGCUCGGUUGGAUCAGUCGGAGACGCUCGAAUUUGGCCGGGAAAGAGAAUGCCUGGCCAUAUGGGCUAUGAGUGGGUAACAGUCAGUGGCCUGGAGGUAUAUCUCUUCAUUUUCAUCUUUCUUACUUUUUGCAUCGCAGGUUCUUCGAAUGAAUAUCGAUAAGCAAGUCAUCUACGUGAAGGGAAGCGUUCCUGGAGACGUUGGAGAGUUGCUUCUGCUCAAAGACUGCGUUCAGCAAGAGAAGAAACUAACGGUUCGGAUCAAAAAUGGAAAGAGAACAAAUAUUGAUUAUUAAAGAGCGGUCCCAUGCCGACUUGGACUCCUUCUCUCGAAACAAUCCCUGAGGAAUCCGAAGACCAGAGCCCUCUUCAAAAAGAACUUUUGUACAGAGAGGCAGUUUCUCCCAAAUUGUUUCGGUAUUCAAAUUCAUCUUGCUUUGAUUUGAAAAUUGAAGUUUCAGAUUUACCUCGCCCUCUGUGUUGUUCUCCGACGCCGAUGUGAAGAAAGUUGCCGGCAGAGAUAAAACAAAGGCUAAGAUUGCCAAAGUCAAAAAGUGA